UAGUAUUUAGUCUUUGGGAUCAAGCUACUAUUCAAUUAGUAUCAACAAUAUUCAAGGUUUUUAUUAUUUUCUCUCUUCUUUUUAUCCAAAAUCUCACAACUUCAACAGAUGCAGAGCUCUUUCCUAUCCUCUUUUCAUCCAAAGCAUAUUGCUUUCCGUUACAAACUUGCUAAGAAAAUGAAGAGGAUAGGAGUCUGGUUAGAUGACAUUGCUGCAGAAAAGAAUAAGUUUCAUUUAACUGAGAUCGUUAGAGAGAGAAGUGGAGUAGUCCCAGACUGGCGACAAACCACCUCAAUCGUUACUCAACCUUUAGUCUAUGGAAGAAACGAAGAUAAGGAUAAAAUUGUAGACUUUUUGGUUGGUGAUGCUUCCGAACAAGAGGACUUAUCCGUCUAUCCAAUUGUUGGGCUAGGUGGACUAGGUAAAACAACACUUGCUCAACUCGUCUUCAAUCAUGACAAGAUAGUCAACCACUUUGAGUUAAAAAUUUGGGUGUGCGUUUCAGAAGAUUUCACUCUAAAAAGAAUGACAAAAGCCAUCAUAGAAGGGGCAACUAAGAAGUCCUGUGAGGAUUUAGAUCUAGAGCUACUUCAAAGAAAACUUCAAGAUCUACUUCGAAGAAAAAGAUACUUGCUUGUUUUGGAUGACGUGUGGAAUGACAAACAAGAGAAUUGGCAAAGAUUGAAAUCUGUAUUGGCUUGUGGAGGAAAAGGCGCUUCAAUUUUGGUCACUACCCGUCUUCCAAAGGUAGCAAAAAUCAUGGGAACAAUACCUCAUCAUGAAUUAUCAAGGCUAUCUGACGAAGAUUGUUGGGAAUUGUUUAAACAACGAGCCUUUGGACCAAAUGAGGUACAACAAAAAGAGCUUGUGAUCGUAGGGAAGGAGAUAAUAAAGAAGUGUGGGGGAUUCCCUCUUGCAGCAAUAGCACUAGGAAGUCUCUUGCGGUUUAAAAGAGAAGAAAAGGAAUGGCUAUAUGUCAAGGAAAGCAAGCUAUGGAAUUUACAAGGUGAAGCUUAUGUCAUGCCUGCCUUGAGAUUAAGUUACUUGCAUUUGCCAGUAAAAUUAAGGCAAUGCUUUUCCUUCUGUGCAUUAUUUCCCAAAGAUGAAAUUAUAAGCAAGCAGCUUUUAAUUGAUCUUUGGACAGCUAACGGCUUCAUUUCUUCCAAUCAAAUGUUGGAAGCAGAUGACAUUGGUAACGAGGUGUGGAAUGAAUUAUAUUGGAGGUCAUUUUUCGAAAAUACAGAGAAUGUGGGAUUUGGCCAAAUUACAAUAUUCAAGAUGCAUGAUCUUGUUCAUGAUCUUGCUGGGUCUGUUACACAAGAUGUAUGUUGCAUUACAGAUGACAACAGUAUGCGUACUAUGUCUGAAGAGACCCGCCACCUUUUAAUUUACAAUCGAAACUCAUUUGCGGAAGCCAAUUCAAUUCAGUUGCACCAUGUCAAAUCAUUGAAAACCUACAUGGAGUUUAAUUUUGAUGUCUAUGAAGCUGGUCAACUUUCACCUCAGGUAUUAAAUUGUUAUUCUUUACGGGUGCUUUUGAGUCAUAGACUAAACAAUUUGUCGUCUUCAAUUGGUCGUCUAAAAUAUCUAAGAUACUUAGAUAUUUCUGAAGGUCGCUUCAAAAAUCUUCCAAAUUCCCUUUGCAAGCUUUGCAAUUUGGAAGUCUUGAAGUUAGACGGUUGUGUGUCUCUGCAAAAGUUGCCUGGUGGUUUGACACGCUUAAAACGUCUGCAAAACUUGUCUUUAAGAGAUUGUGACUCAUUGACAAGCUUGCCCCGUCAGAUAGGGAAAUUGACUUCCCUAAAUACUUUAAGCAAAUAUAUUGUUGGAGAAGAAAGAGGAUUUCUUUUGGAAGAAUUGGGACAGCUUAAUCUUAAAGGGCAGUUACACAUCAAGAACUUAGAGAGACUAAAAAGUGUAACAGAUGCCAAAAAAGCCAAUAUGUCAAGGAAGAAACUGAACCAAUUGUGGCUGUCAUGGGAAAGAAAUGAAGUCUCCCAACUACAAGAAAAUGUUGAGCAAAUUUUGGAAGCACUUCAACCUUAUGCCCAAAAACUCUAUUCAUUUGGUGUGGGAGGAUAUACUGGUGCAUAUUUCCCACAAUGGAUAUCUAUCCCUUCUCUAAACGAUUUAAAAUCUUUAGAGCUUGUGGAUUGCAAGAGUUGUUUAAACCUUCCGGAGUUGUGGAAACUACCUUCUCUAAAGUAUCUAAAAUUAUCCAACAUGAUCCAUGUUAUCUACCUAUUCCACGAGUCAUAUGAUGGAGAAGGUUUAAUGGCUUUGAAAACUCUUUUCUUGGAGAAGUUGCCAAACCUUAUAGGGUUAUCAAGGGAAGAAAGAGUAAUGUUUCCGCGUCUUAAAGCACUUGAAAUCACUGAAUGUCCUAAUUUGUUGGGCUUGCCCUGUCUUCCGUCUCUUAGUGAUUUGUAUAUUCAAGGGAAAUACAAUCAACAAUUACCAAGUUCAAUUCAUAAACUUGGCAGUCUUGAAUCCCUACAUUUCUCUGAUAAUGAAGAGUUAAUUUACUUUCCAGAUGGAAUCCUAAGAAACCUUGCUUCUCCUUUAAAGACACUUGGUUUUCAUCGACAUUCCAAACUUAAGAUGCUUCCAACUGAAAUGAUUCACAUUCAUGCUCUCCAGCAACUGUAUAUUAACGACUGCAGAAACAUCGAGGAAUUGCCAAAUGAAGUAAUGCAAAGACUGCAUUCUCUCAAGGAGUUGGAUAUUGUCGGGUGCGAUAAGUUGAAAUUGUCAUCCGAUUUUCAGUAUCUAACUUGUCUUGAGACAUUGGCCAUUGGAAGUUGUUCGGAAGUGGAAGGUUUCCAUGAGGCUCUACAACAUAUGACUACUCUGAAAUCCUUAACAUUGUCAGAUCUUCCAAACCUAGAAUAUUUGCCUGAAUGCAUCGGAAACCUUACCUUGCUUCACGAAAUAAAUAUUUACAGCUGUCCCAAAUUGGCUUGUCUUCCUACAAGCAUCCAGCAAAUUAGUGGUCUGGAAAUAUUGAGUAUUCAUGAUUGCUCCAAAUUAGAGAAGAGGUGCCAGAAGGAAAUAGGCGAGGACUGGCCAAAAAUAGUUCAUGUUCAGUAUAUUGAGAUAGAAAAUGACAAUCUAAUACACGGUGGACAUGGUGGUUCUUAUUUUGAGGCUGAUACAGGUUUCCUAUGGCAUUCUUUAUAGUUGGCGACAUAUUUGAAGUUGUUAACAUGUGGAUCGCUACAUUUUAUCAGGUCCUCAAGUUGUUUUCCCACUUUGAUAGAGAAAUAUGCAAGGCCAAGUAGUAGCAUAUUAACCAUAUAUUAUCCACAGAGAAAAAUUAGAAUGGGAGGAGGUACAAUCUAGUUAGAGAAAGCUUCUUGCUACAUCAAAUGCUUAUUUUUGAAGAACAGGAUCAGUAUUCAGUGGUAGCUUUCCUCCAUAAUG